AUGGCGAAGUUUUUUAAGUUGGUCUACUUUGCGAUCUUCAUCGUAAGCUCGGUUUAUGCCGAAGACACGAAUGGAGCUAAUGGAGAGGCACGACAUUUAGUAAAAAAUAAAUUGUGUCAGAAACUUGGCAUAUGUGGCGGUGGCGGUUUCGGUGGCCACGGAUAUGGUGGCCAUGGGUUCGGGGGCAGUGGAUUCCAGGGAAGUUACUUUGGCAAUGAAGGUUUCGGUCACGGUGGUUACCCAUACCCUCCUAUAAACAUUGGCAUUAGUCAAUCUCAGUCAUCGCUCAGCGCUGGUGGAGAUCAAGGAAUACCAACAAUGAUCUGGCGGGUGGGACGAGCACCAAAUAUAGCUUUUGGAUACGGAAGUGGCUUCAGCAGCAAUAUUGGCGGUAUCAGUCAGUCUUCAGGAAUCGGUGCGUCAUUCCAGAGUGGUGACGCAACCGCAUACGGAGGUGGCAUCGGUUCCUCUGAUGGCAAUUACGCAAGAGGAAUUGGUUAUGCCCAAGCUGCUCCAUUUUUGCCAUAUGCAUUACAAAGUCCUAUUCCAGCAGUUUAUAACAACGCCUUUGGUUCAGCUAUAUCCUCUGCUCAGAACUUUGGUAACUUUGGGUCCGCUAUCUCAUCUUCUCAAUCUCAAAACGGAUUUAGAUCAGCCAUAUCCUCAGCUCAGAAUAACGACCUAGGGAACUUCCAAUCUGCUAUUUCGUCUGCUCAAAACCUGCGUGGUUUUGGAUCUUCUGUAUCCAGUGCCAGCUCUAAUGGCUUAGGAUUCGGAACAGCUAUAUCUGCAGCCAAUAAUUUUGGAGGAGAUGGAUCAACUUUUUCUCUCGCUCAAAAUCAUGACUUGAACAACUUUGGCUCAGCGGUUUCUGCGUCCCAAAACAUUGGUGGACUUAGGUCAACCAUUUCCCAAGCUACCCAGCAACAAGGAAGAUCGUUUCAACAUAGUGGAGCCUCUAGCGCUAAUGGACCCGGUAUUCAAGCCUCGCAGUCCCAUGCUAUUAACACAGGAUACUAUUAAUAUGCAUAUAAACAAGAUUUAAUCGUUUUAAAAGAUAAUGAGAAGACUGCUCACCACUUUUCUCGCUGUCUUUUGAAUUAUUUAAUAAAAUAAAUAGAAGUUACAAUUUUAAUAAAAUAAUUUAGAACCAAAA